AUGGCGAGCUCUCUAAACAACGGAACACUCUCCGCUCUAGAGGAUAUCAUUAAAAAGGAGGCAACAUCGAGAAUUAUGAGUCUUGACCCUGACGUGGUGGUAGAUACAAUAUUACAAAGAGAAGAUCCCCAAUCUAUUCAGGAAAAGUUAUUCAGCCAACUAGACAGGACAAUGAUAUUGAGUUUUAUUAAAGCGAACGACGAUUCUCGUGGAAUCUACGUAGACAUGUUCAAGGAACUUCUCACUAUGAUAGACCAAACACAGCAAAGCCAACCCGAAAGCACCACUGAAAGUUCCAGCACAAGUACCCCAGCCAACAUACCGACACCUACCCAAACCCAUAUGGUGACCGCCCAAGUGCCACCACAGGACCCAUUGAUGCGCCACCAUACACCCCGAGCCCUAGGAAUGAGUAGAUUAGUACGUCCAGUUAAUUCAGAGUCCUCGGAAACGACCACGCCAACUAUUUCGGCACAGCACUCAUCGACAUUCGAAAGUGGUGAUCGUCAUAACCCCGGAUGCAUCACAGUGGAUAUUAGAUUCACAAAACCAUAUUCAUGUGUAUGGGCCCCGACAUUCAUGAGCAAGGACGAGUUUUUUCGCAGCAAGCUAAAAGUUAGAAAAAUGAAACCAAUGAAAGAGUGGGGUCAAGACGCAGAAACUCUCUACAAAUUCAUCAAGCUACUGAAUCCACCAUUUCUAUGCCAUCGCGUCGAGCGGCUAGCAAAGACACUAGAAGGUGGCCCAAUGAUCACGUUCCCAGAAACAAAUACAACAAAAGAAGUGGUGAAGUCGUGGAAUGCUGCAAAGAAGGCCGGAUCAGGACACCAUGCUUUCUACAUAGUUAUGGCCUUCGUGGCUGUCCAAUGCUACAAGAAGUAUGAAGAGAAGGAGCUCGUGGAUUCGGAUGUGGGAACCACAACGAGAGACAAAUGGUAUAACAUUAUAGAGAAUGGCUGGUAUCUCUCCUCCCUUACCAACGAUUUUGGAGGAGAACCAUUUCUUGCCUUGUUCCCACUCCGCGAACUCUACCUCUGUAUGGGGAAAUCAGUUGACGAUCCCGAAGGUAUGAGCUGCGUUUGGGCGGCCGUAAGAAGUCUCCUGGAGAAGACUGACUUAGGCGAAUUCUUCUGUUCAUUGUCAAAAGCGGUUGGGUCUUCACUGCUCUCUAGUCUUCGAGGAUCUGGGGUUUCGCAAGAAACCAUCAUAAAACAGCUAACCCCGAUCUUUAAAGAAUAUUCAUUGGACGGAAUAUCCUCAUAUUCCCGAAGGCUCGUCAUGGUCAAGCAUCAUUUGACGCCCGAAACAACACCACUCUCUUAUUGUGGACAGCCCAACCAAAUAAGACAACUAAGUCCGGGAUCACGUCUCGCGCCGAGCUCAUUGCUUCAGCUUGUGGCUGGGAAGUUAGAGGAGGAUAUCAUUCAACAUCUAAUACUCCAGAGACUACCGGACGACUGGCUUAUCCUAGGAGAAGCUGAACUUUCUGAACCCGCGAAUGAAAGCAUGUUACUGCAUGAUUUUGGGGGUAUUGUCGUACCUCUGUGCGUCGACGAUGGCUGGUGCCUUCUUUGCUACGUGAACCCGACACGCUUUAAAGCCUCAUAUCCAAUUACUUUCGUUGACUCUACGGGAAGCGAGCAUAGAUUACGCGCGGCAGUAGCCUUGCUCUCGACAUGGAUUCCAAGUGAUGAAGAUUGGAUUCCAAAGGACAUUGCUGCACGAGAAGUUAAAGUCCUUGAGAGCCAAGCCUCCUGCGACCUUGAUAUUGGGAUUCAUGUCGUACUCAACGCAUGUGCCAUGGCUAAAACGCAGAAACCGGAGACUCGCCCACUGGAUAAAAUCAUAUGCAAGGCUCUUCGUGUGGAGUUUUUCGUCACAAUGCUCAACGAGAUGCACCUAGCAGUUGCUAAAGCAUCUAGGAAAGGCAAACAAGGAACCUAA